AUGAUUCAUGGACCAUGUGGGAUUUUAAAUCCCAAUUCUCCUUGCAUGAAAGAUGGAGUUUGCACAAAAAAAUUUCCUAAAGAUUUUAAUCCUUGCACUGUUGCAACUUUCAAUGGUUAUCCUAACUACAGGCGUUUAGAUAAUGGUAGAGUAGUCAUUAUAAAAGGUAACCAAGUUGAUAAUCGAUGGGUCGUACCCUAUAGCCCCUGCUUAUCAAAAAAAUACCAAGCCCACAUUAAUGUUGAAGCUUGCAUGUCUAUUAAGUCAGUGAAGUAUUUAUACAAAUAUGUCUAUAAGGGGCAUGAUUGUGCGAAUGUGGUAAUUAAUGAAAGUGUUGACCAUGAUGAAAUUAACACAUAUUUAGACUGUCGCUUUGUUUCCGCCCCAGAGGCACUUUGGCGAAUAUAUGAGUACUCCAUAAGUGAUAUGUCACAUACUAUUAUCCGCCUUCAAAUCCACCUUCCUGAUAAUCAGAGAGUAUAUUUUAACGAAGGAGAAGAACAAGUAGCUAUAGAUCGUGCAGCACAGCGUGACACUCACCUAACCGCUUAG